AUGGAUGUCAUAUUAACAACUGACAAUAUCAAUGAGCCUACAAAAUUCGAACAUUUUCCACCUGAAAUUUUUUAUCUUAUUUUUGAUUAUUUAAAUGGUGAUGAUAUUCUUAAAUCAUUUUUAUAUCUUAAUAUACGUUUUAAUAGUUUGAUUAAAAACCUUCGUCUAAAUACAAUUGAAAUUUCAACAUGGACACGACGUGAAAUAAUAAAUUUUUUUAAAAAUUUUCUAAAUUAUAUAUCAACAUAUAGUCUUUCAUUAAAAUUAACAAAUAAAAUUUUACAAGAUGAUUCUUGUUCAGCAAAUAUUGAAUUUAUAUUUUCAUCAUUACUUGAUUUUAAUCAAUUAAAAUAUCUUAUAAAAAAUUUACAACAAUUAAUAUUAAUACGUCCAAUUAUUGAUACAACAAUUUGUUUACCUGAUAUUAUUCUACAAUCAUUUAUUAUUUAUUCAUUAAAUGAUAAAAUUAUUUUAAAAAAAAAUAUUUCACAUAAUAAUAUUAAUUGUAUUAUGAUAUGUAGUAAUGAUAUAAUGAGAUCAUUAUUAGUUGAUAAUGGUGGUAUUUAUAAUCAAAUAUU